AGAUACAGAGAGAGAGAGAGAAAGGAGGAGAGAGUGAGUGAGAGAGAGAGAGAGAGAGAGAGAUAAAAGAGAAGAGAGAGAGGGAGACAAAACGCGCGCGCGCCUGAGAGCUGUGUGAGGACAUCUCUGAUUAGUGCUUCAGCAGCGCGCGCUGUGUGCAGAGGAAACAAGCAGAAGAAGAACUUUCUUCAGGAUUUCUGGGGAAUUUCUGUUGGUGGAAUCUCUGUGUUGUAGCUGCUAGAACAGUCCGUGUGAAGGCAUGGAUCCGGCACCAGCCGAGAUGAACGCCAUUCCCAAUGGGAAAGGCCAUGAAGCAGCUGAAGAGGCUCCCGCCACCACGCUCACGCCCACCAAAACCCAAUCAGGAGACACGGCUCAGGAGCUCGUACCAAAUAGUACAGAAAAUGCCAGUCCCAACAGAGCUGCGGGAGAUGCGGAGGCAAACCUGGCCGAAAGUUCAGAAUUUCUCUCCAAUGCUGACGACAAGAAAGCACCGCGCUUCACAGACUUUGAGGGGAAAACCUCUUUUGGGAUGUCUGUCUUUAACCUGGGAAAUGCCAUCAUGGGCUCUGGAAUUCUGGGACUGGCAUACGCCAUGGCGAACACCGGCAUCGUCCUGUUUCUGUUUCUCCUCACAGCCGUGGCGUGUCUCUCAGCUUACUCCAUCCACUUGCUGCUCAAAUCCUCAGGCAUUGUUGGAAUCAGGGCUUAUGAGCAGCUGGGAUAUCGGGCCUUCGGAACACCGGGAAAAAUGGCGGCGGGAAUCGCAAUCACACUGCAGAAUAUUGGAGCCAUGUCCAGCUAUCUGUAUAUAGUGAAGUAUGAAUUUCCUCUGGUGAUCCAGGCCUUUCUCAAAGUGGACAAACCAUCUAGCGAGUGGUAUUUUGACGGUAAUUACCUGGUGAUCAUCGUCUCCAUCUGUAUUAUUCUUCCUCUGGCUCUGAUGAAGCAGCUGGGUUAUCUGGGCUACACCAGUGGUUUCUCUCUGAGCUGCAUGGUCUUCUUCCUUAUCUCGGUGAUUUAUAAGAAGUUUCAGGUGCCGUGUCCUUUUGUGGACUUUGCCCUAAACCGGACGCUGGAUCUGAACAUCAGCACUCCCCACGGAGUCACGGUGACCCCUGAUGAUGAUCCAUCUUGUGCCCCCAAGAUGUUCAACCUCAAGCUUCAGACAGCCUACACUAUUCCCAUCCUGGCCUUUGCGUUUGUGUGCCACCCGGAGGUUUUGCCAAUUUACACAGAACUGCGCAACCCCACCAAGAAAAAGAUGCAGCAUGUGUCCAACAUCUCCAUCGCUGUCAUGUACAUCAUGUACUUCCUGGCUGCGCUGUUUGGAUAUCUGACCUUCUACGAUAGGGUGGAGGCUGAGCUGCUGCACACCUACAGUAAGAUCGACCCCUAUGAUACACUGAUCCUGUGUGUGCGUCUGGCUGUACUGACCGCUGUGACACUCACCGUACCCAUCGUACUCUUCCCAGUGAGGAGAGCCAUCCAGCAGCUUUUCUUUCCCAAUAAAACCUUCUGGUGGCCGAGGCACAUCGCCAUCGCCAUCACUCUCCUCACCACCAUCAACCUGCUCGUCAUCUUCGCCCCCAACAUCCUCGGCAUCUUCGGAGUCAUCGGUGCUACAUCGGCCCCGUGUCUCAUCUUCAUCUUCCCGGCCGUCUUCUACAUCCGGAUCGUUCCCAAAGAGGAAGAGCCCAUGCGCUCGGCUCCAAAAAUCCUGGCUGCCUGUUUUGCCGGGCUGGGUGUAUUGUUUAUGAUAAUGAGCCUGAGCUUCAUCAUCAUUGAUUGGACAUCGGGGAGCAGCAACGCAAGCAGUGGACACUAGGCCACGCCCACUUUUUAUUUCUUUCUUUUCGUUUUUUUUUUUUUUUUUUAAUAAUAGUUGCUGUUGUGUGUAUUUUUUAUGUUGUGUAUAGUCGUCAGGGUCGGGGGCCGUAGAGUUUGCAUAAUCUCUCCGUGUGACGUCAGUGUGACAGACUCAGGAUCAUCAGGCCUGCAGGUCCACCUUCUUCAGCACAGGAAACACAGUGCAGGGCUGUAGAGUAGUGAUGGUAUGUAUUCUACUGUACGCUUUCCUAAAACCGUCCAGAAACGUUUCCACAUAUAACUUCCACAAACUGUCCAGCGGCUUAUUAUAAACCGAACGGGCCACAGUGGGGAGAAUGCAUUCUCAGCAAACUUCGCAGCCAACCCUCCAACCAAUCCAAUACCUCCAACCCCUUUAAUCCCACCCGUCCUUUUUUUUAUCAAUUAAUUUCCCACUAUUAUUUGAAUUUGACCUCUUUGACUCCAAGCUGGCAAAAUUAAAACAGGGUAUUUUUUAGGAGGCAGGGCCUUUAUAUGCACUUUCAUAAUUGGAAAACAGCAGUUAUCACAUUAAAUAAGAAAUCAUGUAAACAGCAUACUCUGAUUCUAAUUCUAAAAUCAGAUUAAGUAAACUAAUUAAAAGAGCUGGAUUUUAGCUCAGUAAUCAUAUGUAUCAGUUUAUGUAUUCUGUGCAGUAAUCAGAUUAUGAAGUGCAUGUUACUGCACUUAGGGCUCCACUCACAAAAGUUUGUUCACACCUGCUGUUGCUUGGUUUGACAGGCUUUCGAGAACACUGGCUAAAAUCUUAUUUAGUUAAUAAGAGAAAAGAAAAUUGAAGAAUUGAUAUUGAUUCAUUUAUUUCAAAUGAUAUAGCAUGGACUUGUCAAUAUCGACCUUGUGGGUAAAAAAAAAAAACUUUAUAGGAGAAUGCUAACUGCUAAUUCUGUUAGCUUAGCUAAUAAUAAUAAUAAAAAAAAUGGUGGCUUGUAUUGCAUUCAGUCAGGUAAGAUUAAACGAGGGAACAACUAUGGAUGACAGGCAGGGCUUAGACUGUUGCGCCACCCUAUAUAGAACAGUUUCCAUAGUUCAUAGUAAAGAACCAUUAAAGCUCUUUUUUUUUUUAUUUACUGAUGCAGCUAAGAGCAACACAUUGUAGAAUUUUGUUUUCAGCAUAACAUUGAUGUAUGUUGGUAAAUAUAAUAUAAAUAUUAAGUUUUACAUCGUGUUAUUAUAUACAGU